AUGUUCGAGAACACUUGUACUUUACCCCUUUCCGCGGAUGUUUUUACGACCGCUCUGCACCCCUCCGAGCCCCUUCUCACAGUUGGCCUCUCAAACGGCCAUGUCGAAACCUUCCGGUUGCCGCCUGGCUCUUCCUCAGACGAAAGCGCUGAUGGGGAUACCAGCGUAUUGAGUGAUGGAAAAGGCAUGGUAGAUUCGGUUUGGAGCACUCGACGACACAAGGGGAGCUGCAGGUCACUGGUCUACGCUAUGGACGGCUCAGCUGUCUACUCUGCAGGAACCGAUGGUCUGGUUAAGCACUUCGAGCCCAUGACUGGACAAGUUAUUUCCAAGUUUGCGAUCCCGAAGUACAGUGGCAGGGAUGAUGCGCCAACUUUACUGCACGUCCUGAAUCCCCAGUGCAUUCUUCUAGCGACCGACUCUGGCCUCCUUCACAUCUUUGACGUUCGAAACGGUACCCCGGAAAAGAAGGCUGUAUCCGAGCACCGUCCUCAUUCCGAUUAUAUAUCUUCGAUCACACCUCUGCCACCCACGCAUAUGAGCACUAGUGGAUUUCCUAAGCAGUUUAUCAGCACUGGUGGUACUACCCUGGCUGUGACUGAUUUCAGGAGAGGCGUGAUGGUCCGUAGCGAGGACCAGGAGGACGAGUUGUUGUCUUCGUGUUACAUUUCGGGCAUGGGCCCCAAGGGACUUCGCGAAAACGGUGUCAUCGCGUGCGGUUCUGGUUCUGGAGUGCUGACUUUGUGGGACAAGGGAUCCUGGGGUGAUCAGCAGGAACGAAUCAUCGUUGAUGGCGACAGGAGGGGUGGUGAGAGCAUUGAUUCCACGGUUUUGGUCCCGCAUGAGAUGGGACUUGGAAAGAAGGUCGUUUGCGGCCUUGGUGACGGAAGCCUGCGUGUUGUCGAUGUCGUCCGUAGAGAGGUGGACUUUGCGGCCAACCUGCGUCACGAUAAUAUGGAGAGUGUCGUAUCACUAGGCUUCGAUUCUACGAACCGACUUAUCAGUGCCGGUGGACAGACUGUCAAGCUUUGGGAAGAGCUUUCUGCCCUUCAAGGCGAUGGUGACGACGAAGAGGAAGAGGAGGAUGAUCGCAAACGACCUGCAGAGAGUGACAGCGACGAAGACAGCGAGAUAGACCUAAAGGCCGAGUUGCAGAAACGGGCCAAGCGACGCAAAGAGUCGAUGAAGUCCAAGCUUGGGGGUUAUGGACAUCACGGUGUGAUUGGACUUGAGGGUUUGGAUUAA